AUGGCAGGUAGAUCUCAAGUUACAAGGACCAUUGCGGCUGUCAGAACGGCCUUGGCAUGGCGGCAGUACAGCUCCAGCUCCACCAGCACGCACGGGCGGAGGCUGCCAUUGGAAACUGAAGCCAAGAAGCGUCCGCGGCGGCGGCGCCGGGAGGCGCUGCGGUUCGACCUCGCCCGGCCUUACACGCGGCAGGAGAAGGCUGAGGUGCAAGACGAAAUUGCGGAAGCUCUAGCCACACUACCUGAAAGACCACCGAAGGAUGGACGAGAGUCGCUAGAUCCAGCAGAGCUACGUCUGAAGUCCAAGGUGGCCUUGCUAUGUGAUCUCCGGCCCGACGCCGGUCCGGUGGAGGUGGCCCAGGUCCUGCGACGUACGCGCGACUGCUACGAAGCGGCCGAACGUGAGGCCAAGGAGGAGUGUGGACGAGGAAUCUCCCUUCAGUUCCGGCGGUGGGCUGCCCAGGAGAGCGGUCUAGCAGCGGUGUUGCGGCGCACUCUGCAGCUGCGUCGGAUGCUGGCUCCGCAGGCGCUGGCAGAUGGGGUGUGCCUGGCUUUGGCUCUUCUUCCAGCCACCGAUUCGAACGCAGCGGAAGCUCUCCUGGAGGCGACAUGCUCUCUGCGACGGACAGUCGGAGCAGAAGAGACCUUGCUCUCGCGUGUCAGUUCGAGGAGACAGGUAGAUAGCCAGUCUGUGCAACGACGCCUUCGCGACGAGGCAGUCGAGCAGCUCAUGCAAAGAUUCACGCCAAAAAUCAUUUGCCUCUGCUUUGUCGGCCUGUUUGGAAUCGCUGUUGCUUCUUUUGCUCUGGUGAUCGUGUUUUGGCGUGCCUUCUUCGCAGCACUCGCCUAUGGAUCUCUUCCAUGCGACCAGCCAAUGCUGAGAUACUACAUGAUCUUCAGCAUUCUCAUAGGUAGAAUAUCGGAGCAGCUCUCCGCAAAAGCUAGCCGCUACAUGCAGGUUCGCGGCAUGUCCACGCGAUCUGUAUGGGUGUCUACGACGUUGACCUCGUUGAUUCCCGGAUGGAUCACGAUGAUGUGGGGCUACACCCUUAUCCAGGGGUCUUCCACAUGCCGGACGACGAAUCCGCACUUAUUCUUUGACACGCGGACCUACGUUUAUUUUCAGAUAGCAGCUUCCUUAGCAUACCUUCUGUUGGGUAUUCCGCUGAUCCUCUUUGCGCAUCGCUUCUUGCUGGCCAUCCGAAGCCUGAAUUCUGGCGAGGGUGUUCGAGGCUGCGCUGCAAUGAUCAAGGAUCUUCCGAAGAUUCCAAGUGACAGCCCGGAGCUCCAGGACCCGGAAGAUGGCAGCAUAAUGGAGUGCAGCAUCUGUUUGGUGUCCUUCUCCGCGCUGACAGUUGUGCGGACACCGUGCAAGCAUUAUUUUUGUGAGCCCUGUCUUACGAAAUGGUGCAAAGCGAAUGUGACCUGUCCCCUGUGCAAAAGCCUCGUGGCAGAUCCGGGCCUCGAUUCGGAAAGGACCGCAAAAAUGCUGAGUGCAGUUGGGGUGUAUCCUGUUCUGCGGAUGUGGCGAAUUCACCGCGGUGAUGCUGCCAGAGGCAACGUGGGAAGUUUGCAGUUCCGACUGCAGUCGCUGUUCGCAGAGAUCUUCCGUCUGUGCUGGGAGCUGCGAAUGCAGUCGGAGGAUUGCCAGGUGCAAGUGGGUUACUGUGUGCCCUUCUUGCAGAGCUGGCUGAUAUGGGCCCGAUGUUACAAGAACAGGAUCCUGCCGGGCCUUCUAGACAGAGCAAACAUCGGGAUCGAGGGAAGCACAAAUGCCGCCGCUUGCCCGAAGCUCGGCAAGGCCAAUGCCCUCGAUGUGAAGACUUGCCGCUUGAUAUUGGCGGAGCUGGCUCGCAGUGAGUUCAUCGGCAGGGCCGAUCGCGAGGCACUGCUGCUCCUUCUGGCCCUGCACAAGAGCGCAUUCGAUCGCACUGCUGUGGCUCUGGGGCUGCCGCAUCCGCUCUAUGACGAGGCUGCCAAGAAGCUCCUGAAGGAGCUGUCGAAGGAUGCUGCUGCUCAGAUCAGCUCUUUGCCAAUGGAGAACUUGUCUCGUCCCGUGUUGGCCAUGGCUCAACUUGGCUCCAUGAGCCGCCGAGCUUUGCACAGCCUUGACGAACGCCUGAAGUCCGGACGACUCUUGUCCUUGUCACCUGCUGCUUUCGUGUCCCUCGCCUAUGCUACGCGCUUGGUGCGCGGGCCAGUUCCUCGAGAGGAGUUGCGGCUUCCGCUUUGCCUGGCCUUCGGUGCCCUCCUUCAUGGCAUGGAGCCGAAACAGGUGGCAAGCUGCAUCGAAAGCUUGAAGGGCUACAGCUACAAGGACUAUCGCCACGUUUUCGAAGCGGCCUAUGCUCGCUUGGCAUCUUCCCUCGAAAGCCAGGCUGCAGGCCUUGGUGACCAGAGGCCAUGGGCGAUACUCACACCAGCGGAGGCGGCUGCAGCGAUCAAAUCGUUCCCAGAGCUGAAGUUCGAGGAUUCGAGGCUUUUGCUUCGCAUGUUGCGAGCACUGAGCCCAUCCCCCCUUCAAAGCAGUUCAAGGCGCCUGGCAUCCCCCGAGUCUGAUGGCGGAGGAGCCGCAGAUCUGCCCACAGAUGCGGUACUUCAACUUCAUCAACCUACGGGUAUGCUGGCGAGGAUGGGCAUGGUGGAGCUGGUGGACAUCCUUGAGGCCUUCGGCCAACAGGGCCUCAUCGGCUGUGGAGCAGUUGCCGAUGCGAUUGUGGCCAGAUACCGCGCCAACGGGGGAAGACUGUCACGACGCAACACAGCCAGAGCUCUGUGGGCCUUGGCGCAGCUUGGAGAGCGGGAGGCGGAGCUGGUGGAGCUUCUCGUUGCUGAGUUGGAGGGCUGGGAGGUGCAGGACCCUCAUGGCACCGAUCUUCGACCUCGGCCUGCUUUGGUUGCACUCUGGUCACUCUGCACACUGGAUUUGGUGCCAAGGGCGGCGGCUAGUGUGGAUUGGCUGUUGACCUUCCUGUGUCGCGAGACAGUUGCGACGUAUGUGCUGGGAAUCCGAAGCCAGGCUUUGCUGCUCUUCGCUUCUCUCGACGCCGUCCGUUUAGUUGUGCCUGGAGUUGCAGCCAGGCACCUGCAAGCUCUGCAGGCGAGCCAUUCUCCUGUGGCAGAGCAGGUGCUGCUGGAAGUCGGGCGUCCAUUGCGGAGUCCGCAGGAGCUGCUGUCGCUCUCGGGUAGUCCGGAGCCGAAGUUGCUCGAGAGCCGCGAGGAUAAGGAGCUCCUGGGCGACUCCAGAGCAAUAGAGGAGAGUGCGACAGACGCGGCAGACAGCGGAGGUCGCUCUCUGCUCGAUGAGCUUGCAAUCCGCUGGGAGAUGGCACGACGAAAACAGGAAAGCGAGGGUCUGUCAAAAGCCAAGCAGCUGCUGGGCUCAGUCUUGGCUGCUUUGAAUACGGCGCAGCUGCUGCGAGCCGCUCCGCAUCCCUUGGGCCGUCUCGCAGCCGAGACAGCGCGUGGCAGUGGCGGCUUCGAGCUCCGGUGGCCUGCAGGCUGCUACGACGUGGACUGGGGGCAUCCUUUCUUCCGCCUGGGCAUUGUGGUGCUCUCACAACGCGACUUUGUCCUGGAGGCCUCUGCAGGCUCCGUUUGGACGACCCCGCGACUCCGGGCCACACCUCGCUUGCGGGUGCAGCAGCUGCGUGAGGAGGGGUGGAGGCUUGUACUCCUUCGUGCAGCAGCAGUAGAUGCUUGGAUCGUGCCAUUCCGUGAAGAUCCAGAUCUUUUCAGCGCGAAAUUACAGGCGCGGGUCGUCCGUGCCAACGCGCUGUACCCGCUGGAAGUUAGGGCCUUGAAGAAGAAGCUGCGGAGGUCCGUGCGCGACGAGGUGCAUGACAGCGAGCUGCGGGAACAAAUUGUUCAGCAGGUGCUGCAACAAUUGGAUUUCAUUUUUCCGGAUGGACUGGUUUCAGGAGCAGGCAGCGUGGGGCAGCAAGAAGUUGCCAGCAGGGCCGUCCAGCUACAAGAGGGAAACAAAGAUCGCCAACACAGCUCAAGUGCUGCCGAACGAAGGAUAUGUCGUCGUUGUCGCUGUCGCCUACCAGCCAGCUUUGUUUGCACGGGACGGCUCGGACAGCCGACCAGGACAACAGGUCAUUGA